CGUCGUAAGCAGGGUGGCAGCUGUCUCAUUCUUGUCAUUUUCCCUGCCUGGCAUUCCAGCUGUCUGAUGUCAUUGCCUCUAAAUCUGCCGUGUAUCACGCCGCUGUUGAAGAACUACUCAAACUUUUAUAAAGAAAUACAACCGUUGAAACUCAUACAGGACCUGAAGAAAAUAUUAUAUUUAAUGUAAAUGUUCAUAGUUUUGUUUGUCUAUGUAAAUCAACAUAAUAGGAAAACGGUUGUGUAAAAAAGAGGAUAAUAUAGAUCCGCGGAUGUAGAGAUUCAUACACACUUGUUGCUCUUUCGGCAGGAAGUGAAGCACGUCGUUAGCUGAGUUGGUUUUCUGUAAUGCAGCUUCCAAACUAAACCUUUUCGAUAUUUGACAUAACUAUCACCUAUAAUGACUGGCGGCAGCUUUGGAUAUGCACAAUUUACAAAUGGACUAAUUUGCUUUUGGCGGACAUCAAUAAGGGAUACAUGUAUCCAACUCAUGGAUGGCCUCUUAUCCACUACAUUUUUGAUGGGCAAAGUUUAGAGACAACGGGACAUAUAUUUCUGGAUCAAGGAAAUACUCCUUGCCAAAGGACUUUGAAACAUGCCCUUGCCAUUCGGCUUAAAACUCAAAAGAACUCGAAGGUAUACUGUCUCAAGCAAGAGCUGUCUGGUCACACGCAUUCAGCUGCUCAAUGGUGAAUUUGUUGAGUUUACUCUUUCUGUGGAGAGCACCGGCCAGGAAUGUUUGGAGGCAGUUGCACAGAGACUCGAGUUACGAGAGAUAACGUACUUCAGCCUAUGGUACUUCAACAAGCAGAACCAGCAGCGUUGGAUCGAUCUGGAGAAGCCCCUGAAGAAGCAGCUGGACAAGUAUGGCCUGGAGCCCACCGUCUACUUCGGCGUGGUCUUCUAUGUGCCCACCGUAGGCCAACUGCAGCAGGAGAUCACUAGAUAUCAGUAUUAUCUCCAGUUGAAGAAGGAUGUUCUCGAAGGCCGAAUCCCUUGCUCUAUAGAACAGGCCAUCCGCCUGGCUGGCUUGGCAGUGCAAGCUGACUUCGGAGACUUCAAUCGUUACGAUUCGCAGGAGUUUCUUCAGAAGUUUGUGCUCUUUCCUAUCGGCUGGAUCCAGGAUGAGAGAGUACUGGAAGAGGCCACUCAGAAAGUGGCUGUGCUUUACCAGAACUACAGGGGGUUGCCUGCCCCAGAGGCUGAGAUGUUGUACAUGCAGGAGGUGGAGAAGAUGGAGGGCUAUGGCCAGGAGAGUACCCCAGCCAAGGACAGCCAAGGCACUGAUAUCCUCCUUGGGGCCUGUCUGGAUGGCAUUUUUGUCAAGCACAAAAACGGCAGGCCACCCCUUGUAUUCAAGUGGAAUGAAAUUAACAACAUGACUCACAAUAAGUCCUUCUUUGCCCUGGAGCUGACCAACAAAGAGGAGAGCGUGCAGUUCCAGACUGAAGACCUGGAAACCUCCAAAUAUGUGUGCCGGAUGUGUCUGGCCAGGCACAAGUUUUAUAAGAUUAACAAGAGCAGCCUAGAGGAGUCUGACCCCCCUUCGCCUUCUGAGGGCUCCCAGAAGUCCAUUCUCACUCUUUCCUUUCCUCGCUUUCCUUUUCUGCCUUCUAACAAGGGCCAAACCCAGCCAACCGCUGUGAACCCAGUGAGACGCCGAUCCUCCACCAGGAUGUCUCUGCCAAAGCCCCCGCCCUACAUGUUGCCCCCGCCACAGAUGCACUACAAUGGUCACUUCACUGAGCCUUACACAUCCUCACAAGACAACCUGUACAUGAACAGUCAGCACGGCUACUACUACCACUCUCAGACCAGCCUGGACCGCUCACCACUCGAGUACGGCAACAGCGGCGGUGGGAACGGGCGGCUGCGUAACGGCAGCGUGUACAGCGCCCACAGCACCAGCUCCCUCACCAACCCCCAGCACUACAUGCAGCCCUCGCCCAUGUCCUCCAACCCCUCCAUCACAGGAAGUGACAUCACCCGGCCCGACUACGUGCCCUCGCACCGCCACAGCGCACUCAUCCCCCCCUCUUACCGUGCCACCCCGGACUACGAGACGGUCAUGAGGCAGAAGAACCGGGGAAGUGGAGGAGGGAUGGUGCAUGGCCACGAGCACCGCCAGAGCCACUCCAUGAGGAACCUGAACAUUGGGAACUCGUAUGCCUACAGCAGGCCGGACCCCCUGGUCUACAGCCAGCCGGAGAUCAGAGGAGAGCAUGGUGGAGGAGGAGCGCACCACCACUACCCUUUCCACCUCAACUCCAGCUUCCACAGCCCCUCGCCGUACCCCUACCCCACAGAGAGGAGGCCGGUGGUGGGGGCGGUUAGUGUGCCCGAGCUGACAAACGUCCAACUGCAGCAGGCGCAGGAAUAUCCUGCAGCCAAUAUCAUGAGGACCCAAGUGUACCGCCCUCCACCCCCCUACCCAUACGGUGCCCACCCACGGCCCGCCAACAGCACGCCGGACCUGUCUCGCCACCUGUAUGUGAGCAGCAGCAACCCGGACCUGAUCAUUACGCGGCGCGUGCACCACUCGGUCCAGACCUUCCAGGAGGACAGUUUGCCUGUAGCCCACUCCCUGCAGGAGGUAUCCGAGCCCCUGUUCUUGGCUGGACCCCCACAACACCACCCCCACCAACACAACGCACACAAACGCAACUCCAUCGAGAUUGCCGGCCUGGCUUACAGCCUGGAGGGUAUGAGAGUCAAGGAAAGGACUGUAUCUGCCUCAGCCGCAGACACCCCCCAUCUGGUCCCUCAUGGCUCCUCAGGCUCCCAGCUCAACGUGUUCCUGGAGCGGACCAAGUCAGAGGACGGGGGGGAGGGGAAAGAGGACGUUCGCUACGGCCACAAGAAGUCCCUGUCAGACGCCACCAUGCUGGUGCACAGCAGCGAGGAAGAGGAGUUUGAGGAUGAGAGCGGACGCCACACACCCCAAUCCCACGAUGCACUAUUGUCCGGGCCUGACCCGCAGCAGCUUCUAACCAAUCUGGGACAGAUUCCCCUGGAGCCCCCGCCCGCAUAUCCCAUUGGCGCCUUCCUUGACCCUGUCCUGUCUGGUCUCCCGGCCUAUCAGGUGCACCCACUGAUCCAGGAGGCGGAGUCACUGUACCUGUUUGAGGGCGGACAGACUGGCAGGAUGGUGCCCUCGAUGUCGGAUAGUGACAUCAGUGGGCAGAACAAACCGAAGACCAAGAAGGAUUUCAUCAAGAAGAGGCCUGUGUCAGACGUUCCUGCUGGGAAGAAACCCAUUGAUGGCCUGCCUCCUGCCGGCAUGAAGAAGCGGGCUGAGCUGAAGAAGAUGGGUCCCCUGAAGGUGGCGGCACUCAACGGCCUGACCCUGUCCAGGCUGCCCAUGCACGAGGGAGGCAAGGACCAACCUGAGAAGGCCUCCAACGACGAGAGGUGUAAGGUGCUGGAGCAGCGCAUGGAGCAGGGCAUGGUGUUCACAGAGUACGAGCAGGUGGCCAAGCGGCGUCCGACAGGCGACUGCAGCAUCGCCCAGCUGCCGGAGAGCGGCGAGAGGAAUCGCUUCCAGGAUGUGCUGCCCUACGACGACACGCGUGUGGAGCUGGUGCCCACCAAGGAGAACAACACAGGCUACAUCAACGCCUCGCACAUCAGGAUUACGGUGGGUGGAGACGAGUGGAGCUACAUCGCCUCCCAGGGCCCUCUUUCGAACACCUGUCUGGACUUCUGGCAAAUGGUGUGGGAGCAGGGUGUGGCCAUCAUCGCCAUGGUUACAGCUGAAGAGGAGGGUGGCAGGGAAAAGAGUUUCCGCUACUGGCCACGGCUGGGCUCUCGCCACAACACGGUGACAUACGGACGCUUUAAGAUCACUACGCGCUUCAGGACGGACUCGGGCUGCUAUGCCACCACGGGCCUGAAGAUCAAACACCUGCUGACAGGCCAUGAGCGCACCGUAUGGCACCUGCAGUACACAGACUGGCCCGACCACGGCUGCCCCGAGGACUUCAAAGGCUUCCUCUCGUACCUGGAGGAGAUCCAGUCAGUGAGGAGACACACCAACAGCACCAGCGACCCAAAGAACACCAACCUACCCGUGCUGGUCCACUGUAGUGCUGGAGUGGGCCGCACCGGGGUGGUCAUACUCACUGAGAUUAUGAUCGCCUGUCUGGAACACAACGAGAUGCUGGACGUCCCGACCGUCCUGAACAUGCUCCGGCAGCAACGCAUGAUGAUGGUGCAGACCAUCUCACAAUACACCUUCAUUUACAAAGUCCUUAUCCAGUUCCUUCGCAACUCCAGGCUAAUCUAAGCGUAAGCCUCAGCAGCCCCCCCCCCCUCUCCCCCAAAGGUUUGUGUCGGCCACGAGGAAGCAUCUGUGGCUCUUAGCUCCAAAAUGAUGGUGCUGGUGGAUGGUCCUUUUUCAAAGUGUUAAUGGAGGCGUGACUGCGAUAAAACCUGACAAUGAAAGGAUCGCAUGACUUUGUGCGUGUCCCCCUCUUGAACAGUAUUAAUGAGAUUUGACUGUAGGAUUUUUACACUACACAAUUACUGACAUGAAACCCAGCACUUGAAACCCAGACAUGAAACCCAGCACUCUGAUUAUUGUAUAUCAAUAUCAUUAAUUACAGAUAUUUGUUUAUCACAGAUUUUUAGUUUUGACGAUUUGUGUGCUGUGCUGGAUGAUGGUCUUUAUAAAGGACUUGACUAAUG